AUGCCACAGCCGCCAUUGCUACAGGAGGUAGGCGGCAAUGUUGACUCAUCUUCUGAGGACGUCGUCGACAGAGAACUAGACGGCUCAAUCGAUCAGGAGAAAGAUGACAUUAUCGAAUUGGGACCUGUUGCUAGCACAAGCAAGAGGCGACUAUAUGGAGCCAGAUACAAGUAUAACCCUGCUGCCCUGAGCUCGCUCAACGUUAGGAAGACUAGAUUCAGAACAGUAACGACGUACGCUGUUUAUCAGCGACGCUGGAGGAUGUUCUGCAACGAGGAUUUCAAGCCUGAAGAUGAACUUGAUGACCCUGAGGAGGCAAAUACACCACUUGAAUUUAUAUUCAAAGAAAAAUUCUUCGUUACUCUAGAGCAUUCGGUUCUUUUCAUGAAAAAGGAAUGUGAUAGAAAGUUGACGAAACAUAUCGUGGAAGAACGAGGUGGAAGCUAUAGAGAAGAUGAGCAUCCCUCUAGAGGAAGAGACUCAAGCUUCAAUGGGCAAACGAAAGAAGAAAAAAGUGGAAGAAGCUCCAUGAAACUCGGAAAUUUGAUUGGAUAUCAAUUUCUUUACACCCUCAACAGCUUAUUCGUCAAACAAAAAUAUGUAUUCCAAAUUCAGGUUUCAGUAUUUUCUUGUCGUGCGCUUUCGGUCUUGUUGUGUUACAUUGGCUCUGGAGAUGAAUAUUUAGUCUGA